AUGCGAUUUAAUCAUUAUUUUAUUACAUAUUACACCAACUUAAAAGAUAAAACUGAAAUCUAUCUAUCUAUCUAUCUAUCUAUCUAUCUAUCUAUCUAUCUAUCUCAGUCUAUUCAUUUCUUUCUUUCUUUCUUUCUUUCUUUCUUUCUUUCUUUCCAAUCUGUUAAUAUCUAUCUAUCUAUCUAUCUAUCUAUCUAUCUAUCUAUCUAUCUAUCUAUCUCAGUCUGUUCAUAUCGAUCUAUCUAUCUAUCUAUCUAUCUAUCUAUCUAUCUAUCUAUCUAUCUAUCAAAAAAAAUCGGAAAGUCUGUUCAUUUCUUUCUUUUCUUUCUUUCUUUUUUUGUCUGUUCAUAUAUAUCUAUCUAUCUAUCUAUCUAUCUAUUCAUCUAUCUAUCUAUCUAUCUAUCUAUCUAUCUCAGUCUGUUCAUAUCAAAUCUAUCUAUCUAUCUAUCUAUCUAUAUCUAUCUAUCUAUCUCAGUCUGUUCAUAUCUCUAUCUAUCUAUCUAUCUAUCUAUCCAUUCAUCUAUCUAUCUAUCUAUUUCAGUCUGUUCCUAUCUAUCUAUCUAUCUAUCUAUCUAUCUAUCUAUUUCAACGACCAAAUCACGUUGA